CGAGCUGGCUGGAUGGCUGGCUGGCUGGACGGAUGGCGAGCUUGCAGCUGCUGGGAGCGCAAGUGGAAAGCGUCGUGGUGGUGGUAAAUGGGCAUGGCCAUACAACAUGAAUCAGUGCGCAUGUCAGCUGCUGCCAAGGGACAUUCUCACUUUAUCGAGAUGACAACUUCGCAGCUGCGACAACAGCAGCAGCAGAAGCCACCAGAAGCAGACAGCAGCAGACAGCAGCAGCAGCAGUCAAAAAGCAGCAACAGCAUUUGGUUUUGGAUUCAUUGCUUAACGGGCGGAGUUAGCGUGAGGCAAUGAAAGAGACUAGACGUGAGAUGUGUCGAUGUUGAGACGUCGAGACGAGGACAGACGCGACUUGAGCAGGCGAGCUAAGACACAGACAAAACAACAAAAUAUAUAAAAAGAAAAAAAAAAAAAAAACAGCAAAAAGGAAAAUCAAAAGAAAAACGCAGAAAAACAGCAAAUAAGUGAAAAGGGAACGGCCCUUAAACUCGGUUAUUAGCUAAACGCCAAAGUGUGUGUAUUUUCAAGUAAAUAAGCAUCUUUAAGAACUAUUUAAACGUAUACUGUUAGGCGCGGCAGCUGUUGCUGCGGCCUAUUGCUGCCUGCACAAUGAACUCCGGCAACGGAUGCCACACGCCUCGCUGCAUUGUCCAAAGCACUCCCAUUAUGUAUUUAAUUCUAAACGGACGCAUAUUAUACGGCGGUAAAUCGCUUCAAUGUUGCUUAUUUUGGGUUUUGAGUCAUGUGCGCAUAACGGUUGAGAAUUCCGUUUCCGGUUUGACGGCCAUAUUCUAAAUAUAACGAUGAUUAUAUAUGUAUAUGCAUUUGUGCUUGUGUCCCUUCAAAAUGCACUUACAUAAAUAUUGAAAAGAAAAACACACACACACACACACACACACACACACACACACACACACACAGAAGAGGCGAAUGUACACGCACACUCAUACAAAUUUGGAUGAAAAAUUGACAGUUAAUUGAGUCAGAGCAGAGUAAAGCGCAACAGCAAAGCAGCAUAAGAGUAAAGCAAAAGAGAUCGACAACUCAAGAUGGGCAGCUUGCCGAAUCUUCACGAGCUGGAGGAGGUCGAGCGCCGGCGGGAGAAACGUCGCGAAUACGCGCUGCUCUUGGAAGAGCGGGCCAGAGACACGAGUCGGGAACGCGAGCGUCUAUCGCUAUUUGCGCAACAGCGCAAGCAAUCCUAUAACAAUGCUCAGGCGAUAGCUGGCCUGGGAGUGGGCGGCCUGGGAGUGAAUGUGGGCGGCGGUUCGUUGAGCUCAACGGUCACCAAUGCAGUGAAUAUUCUAGAUCAUGACCAGGCGGCAGCAACAAGUAGCACUCGUGCCAGACACCAGCAACACCAGCAGCAGCAGCAGCAACAGCAACAACAGCAUGGACAUCUGCAUCAGCAUUCGCAUAUACAGCGGGGCUCGCUACCAUCGCGAAAUCGUGUGAAUCGCCCAAGAGCUCGCAGCUCUACCAUCACGCAUUAUCUGUGGGAUGAUGGGCUAAUGGAGCACAUGGGCAACUACACACCCUCGCCUGUGUCCACACGCUCGUAUCGCAUUAAUCCGGUGUCCUCGGUUCAGGUGCAGGCUGCCCUGUCAAAUUCACGUCGUCGCGAUUCGAUUAACAGCUCCAUAGGGGCCAACUCCGUAAAUCGCUUGAUCACAUUGAAUCGCACUUGCCACAACCGUGUGCCCGGCCAUAUACGGCGAUUGGUCUCUCAUCGCUUCACCUGCAUGUGCAUCGCUCAUUCGCUCAUGUGUGCCGUCCUGCUGCCCAUUAUGGCGCUGCAGGGAUCCAGCUCGGUUUGGCACCAUCGCGAGCAGUGGCUGCACAUUGGACCCAACAUUGGAUCGCUGCUGCUGAGCGUGCUCUUUCUGGUGUCCGCUGCCACGAGCAUUCCCAGCUUGCGCCUCAUUCAUCGCUAUGGCUACACUCCACUGCUGACCGCCAACUAUCUAUGCCUCUUUCUAUUCGUGCUCUCGCAUCUGUACACUUCGAUUUAUACGCUGCUGCCGGCGUAUAUGCUGCUGGGAUUGACGCUGAGUGGCGCCACCAAUUGCAAGGCAGCGCUGCUUGUCUACUACGGCGCUCGCUUGAGCUGCAUGCAGUCGGAGUGCACUGCCUUGGGCUCGGCCGCGUCUUCGGUGCCCUUGGAAGCGCUGGAGGAGCACAAAAUGUUUUGCGAUCGCGAUCAGAAGGUGCGUCGCCUGGCGCGCUGGUAUCGCGCCUCACAGGAUGUGGGCAUCAUAAUGGGCGCAAUUUUCGCCAGCUUGCUGCUGGCUUGCAAUGAAAACGAUUGGAACUGCAUCACCUACUAUCUGCCCUACUUUCCGGUCCACCCGAAUGCCUCGUCGCGCAUGAUUCCAGCGGAGGAUUAUUACAAUCGCAACGAUCGCAAGAUGCGCAUUUGCGGCGCCGCAAUGUGCCCGUUCCGGCUGCCACAGCUGAACGAGCCGCAUCAUUUUCAAGAGCGCGAUGACACCUUCUACGACCUCAAUCUGGGCGCGGGAACGUUCUUCAAAGAAUUUAUUGCAGCCGGCUCGCAAUCGGCCGGACACUUGCUACUCUGGUUUGAUGUCAUGCUCGCGUUGAUAUCGCUGUCAUUGUCGCUGAUAUCCGGACGCACUUCGCUGGCCACUGGCGUGCGACUGGAGCGUAUCAUCCAGGAUAUAUCCAACACGCGUAAGCUAUUCUUUGCCGGCCCACUAGCGUUCUAUAUCGGCGCCGAGCAGGGCUUUAUGUCGGCCGACUUUAUGCGCGCGUUUAUUUCCUGCUCCAUUGGCAUUAACCUGAUCAGUGGCUCGCUGAUUGGCAUGGGAGCGAUGCAACUGGUGGUCUCCUGUACGCUGAGCAUGCUGCUGCGGCACACCAAGCGUAUUGUGGUUAUCUUGGCUGCCUUCUUCUUUCAAUCGUGUCUGCUGUUGGCCUUGUCCACCUGGAAGCCAGCAAAAGACGACAGCGCACUCUUCUUUGUCAUUGCUGCCUCUUGGGGCGCCUGCAACGGCAUGUGGGAGACGCUGCUGCUUUCGCUGGUCACACAAAAUCAUGCGCAGCAUGAGAACGCCUUGUCCAUUACGGCGUCUCUGCAAACCUUGCGCUUCGUGGGCUUGGGCCUGUCAUUUAUGGCACAUGGUUUUAUCUGCGAAAAGGUGAAGAUUAUAGCGCUGAUGGUGCUCUUGAUCGUCUGUGUGCUGCCGUAUGCCAUAUUGGAGGUGCGCUUGGAUGCGCAGCGCAAGGCCACGCUCCAUAGCUUAUGACAACUUUAUCCACCCUAGCCUCCAACGCGGGAGCAGAUGGAACGCAUUCGCACCAUGUGAGAGUUAAGAAGGUGGGCGCGAACCAUGAACGGGGAGUCGGAUGCGCCCACUCAGUGUGAGAGAUACAUGAGAGGGCGCAGACCGCAAUCUCCGAUGAAUGAAUUUGAUGAGAGUGAUUGGAGUGAUUUGAGAGGAGAGAGAGAGGGAGACAGAGACAGAGACAGAGAAUAUUGUAGUGUAUGUACCGGUAGACCGAUUCCUCUUGGACGGAGAGGAGAGAGAUGUUGGCAAUGUGGCAAUCUCUUAGGCCAAAAUAUCCAACAAUACACACCACCACACGACCCGACACAAGCACAAUUAACAUACCAUAUAUAAUUAUCACAAUUAUCCAUGUAUGUAUACACCCCACAUAGUUGAAGUAGUAGUUGGUACAACUUAAGUGUAGCCGCUAGACAGAGUCUACUAAAGAAUUUCGAGGGCGUUGCCAAGCGGGCGCGGUGGGGGAAGUGAAACGUUUAUUUAUUCUCAAACAUAAUUAUUGUAAGAUUCUCCCGGUGUUUCAAUGUAUUCCAAAACGCACAUAUGCGCACAUCUAUGCUUAGAAAAUUAAGCUACACUCAGUGUUGGUUAAAAUACUAGAGCACUAAGCUAUUGCUUCAAGUGUAUGAUAUGCAUAAUCUCCAGUACGGUCCAAGAAUGGAUGCUUACCCGACUAGUUGAAGCUCAAACUAUUGGUGCAAUACAUAUAUACACCAACUGUAUGAGCAAACAUUCAACAACAUGCGCUUGCAUUCGUAUUUUAGAAUUUGAAUCCAGUUAAUGCUCAUGGGUUAUUAAACAUGUCAACUUAAAUUACACCAACUGUUUGAUCGAUCCGCCAAUCGUCAAUUGCAAUUGAAUUCUAGAACUUCGAAUGCUUGCGCUAAUUGGUGAUGGAUUGCUUAAGCUAUAAUUCUGAAAUUCUAAGCGUUGGUGAAUGCGUUUCACCAACAACAAUUCAACAAUUACUAGCAGCCGUACUGUUGUUGGCAUAAAUUUUUGCUGCCAACCAUAAAAUCUAUUUCUCGGUGUGUCAUUGUAUAAACGUUAACGAUAAAAUAUUAUAUGCAUGUCAUUAGCAUUAGCACUAAGUGUAUGUGUAUUUCCCCCCCCCAGCAGCUAUACGUCCUACGUACCCCUUUACCUAUUAUAAAUCGGUUCAGUAUUUAGGCAUUAUUAUGCUUUGAGCAAACUUUGAGUCCUACAUACAGAUAUAGGAGGUUUUACUAUUGUUGUGAACAUAAUUGGGCCCAUCAUAUAUGCAUAUUUUCUACAUAUAUGUUUGGGUAAAAGAUUGUAUUACAGUAUGCUGUUCGUAUCUUAGACUGUGACUGUACUUUUAGCAAGAAGAAAUAUCCUUAUUUUUUUUUUUUUUUUUUUGCAAGUCCUUCCACAUAAUGUGUUUAGACAUUGUUUAGGAUAAUAUAACGGUAUUAUCGCUAGCAUAGCAAGGUGAAAUCCCUAUGAUCUAAGAACGAUGUUAACAUUUUAUGCGAAACUUAAAAAAC